AUGAAAAGAUCUCCUCUUCAUGUUUCUGCAGCAAUGAACGGAAAAGAAAUAACAGAACUUCUUAUUUCCAAUGGAGCAGAUUUAAAUGCUAAAGACGAAAACGAUAAAACUCCGCUUCAUUAUGCCGUAGAGAUGAAUUGCUUAGCAACAGCUGAAGUUCUUGUUUCGCGUGGCGCAGAUAUCAACGCUAAAGAUAUAUUCGGAAAAACAGCUCUUCAUGAGUCAGUUAAUAGGAAUUUCAAAGAAAUAACAGAAUUUCUUGUUACACAUGGUGCAAAUAUCAAUGAAAAGGAUGGUAAUGAUCAAACAGCUCUUCACAUAGCCGCAUAUGAAAAUUGCUCAAUAUCAGCACAAAUUCUUGUUAUUAACGGCGCAGAUAUCAAUGCAACGGACUCCGAAAAUAAAACAGCUCUCCAUCUUGCUGCAAGCAGAGAUAGUAAAGAAAUAGCAGAAAUUCUGGUAUCUCAUGGAGCAGAUAUUAACAAAAAAGAUAAUAACGGCUGGACUGCACUUCAUGAAGCUGCUUAUUUCGGUAGUAGAGUAAUAGUAAUUUUUCUAAUCUCUCAUGGAGCUGAUGUCAACGCAAAAGAUAACAAAGAAAAAACGGCCAUCAUUUAUGCCAAAGAAAAUCAUCAUAACGAAAUUGCAAAGAUUCUUUGUGAUUAUGGAGCCGAACAGCUUAAAUAA